UAGAGGUGGACUGAGAGGCGGUAGAGCCGAAUCGCUGUUAGAACGUUCGCGGCCUGGGUCACGUGGCGCGCAGUCCCGGCGCAGAAGAGCUUUGGAUAUCGAGUGUGAAAAAUCGGUGUUCCUGAAGGUUUCUCUGCGCAUGCACAGAGUGCGUUUGCUUCACGUUUCCGUCUCCAACUCCGGUAGUUCGUGAUCAGAGUCUGUAAAGGAAAGAGAGUGCCGUUCUCCACCGGGCUCAGAAAGAUGCAUCUGUCAUGGUUUAUGGCCAUUACCCUCUUAGGAUUGGCUAUCUGUGUGCCCAUUGAAAGACCCAAAGAGAAACAAGAGGCUGCCCCAGAACCACCAGACACAGGCUUGUAUUAUCACCGCUACCUCCAAGAAGUCAUCAAUGUGCUGGAAACUGAUGGGCAUUUCCGGGAAAAACUGCAAGCAGCCAAUGCCGAGGAUAUCAAGAGUGGAAAACUCAGCAAAGAGCUGGACUUCGUGGGUCACAGUGUCCGCACAAAGUUAGAUGAACUGAAGAGACAGGAGGUGUCCCGGCUUCGGAUGCUCCUAAAAGCCAAAAUGGAUGCCACGAUGGAGCAAGAUGUCCAGGUUGAUCACCUGGCUUUAUUGAAGCAGUUUGAACACCUGGACUCGCAAAACCAGCACACAUUUGAAGCCCGAGAUUUGGAGCUGCUCAUUAAAACCGCUACCAAGGACCUGGAGAAUUACGAUGCAGCUCACCACGAAGAAUUCAAACGGUAUGAGAUGAUGAAGGAGCACGAGCGUCGGGAAUACCUGAAGUCCCUGGAUGAGGAAAAACGUCGUGAGGAAGAAGCACAUUUUGAAGAGCUCAAGAAGAAACAUAAGGAGCAUCCCAAAGUCAAUGUCCCGGGCAGCCGUGAUCAACUCAAGGAGGUCUGGCAGGAGACGGAUGGUUUGGACCCCAAUGAAUUUAACCCCAAGACUUUCUUCAAGCUUCAUGGUGACUACAGAAUUUGAAAGGCAAGCUGUCUC